GGGAUUACAGGCAUGAGCCACCGUGCCUGGCCCCUUUUUGGGAUUUUUAAGUUUGAAGUCAAUUUACUUGAUAGUUAUAACUGUUGGAUGAGUUAUGGUAUUUUGUAUUUAUCAAGGAGUUGGUCCAUUUCACUGAAGUGUGUAGAGUUAUGUAGCUUGCAGGAACUGUAGUAAUAGCCCCUGUUUCAUUCCUACUAUUGGUAAUUUGUGUCUUUUCUAUUUGUUGUUCUUGCAUGUUUGUCAAACUGGUAACAAACCCCUUUGUUUUCUUGCUUUUUCUCUUCUGCUUUUGUUUUCGAUUUCAUUGAUUUCUGCUCUUUAGGUUUGUUUUGUUUUUUUGGGGGGGGUUCUUGAGGAGCAUAGGUUAUUGAUUCGAGACUUCUUCGGUGCAAGAAUUCAUACAUAAAUUUUCCUCUUAGCACUGUUUUAGCCAUGUUUCCAUUUUUUCCCCUUCCAUCUAUAGUAACUUAUUUAAUUUGUGCAGUAACCCUGGCGGUAGGUAGAGAUUUUUAGCAUCACUUUACAAAGGAGGAAAUGAGCUCAGAGAGAUAUAUAACAUUCCCAAAUUCUCCAGGCUGAGCUGCGUCCUGAGCCAGGUAGUCUAGCUGCAGGUCCAUAUGGCCAUCCAGAUGCCUCCUGGCUCUGAAGUUCUCUCUCUGUAUCUUACCUGAAUUCAAUACAAUGUAUUAUUUGUUAGUGGAUUCAUUAACAGAUUACCUUGAGAGCCAUGGGAAACACUUUUAGUAUGAGGUAAGACGACUAGGUCCCAGCGAAGCAGAAAGGGAGGAUGAGUCAGGGAAGUAGAUGGGACACUAAAAAAACACAGCUUCGUGGAAAUGCAGGGGAGAAUUGAGAGUUUGUAGGAUGAGGAAGUGAUCCAUGAUAAUGAUUUAUUUAACAAAUAUUUAUAGAGUGUGUAUAGUGUGCUGGACACUGGGCUGGAUGCUCGCCAUGCAGCAGUGAGCCAGGCGCACAGGUUUCUUCCCCUCGAGGAUUAAGCUUUGGUGGGAAAGGGAGGGAAUUCAAAGAUAUUAGGGAGGAAAUCAAUGGGUCGGUCCUAGAGAGCAUCAGGGUAUAAGAAAGGCAACUUUACCUGGGAAUGCCAGGAAAAGUUGAGACAUGGAGGAUGAGAAAGAGUCUGUCAGGCAGAAGCCUGGGGAAGAACAUUUCAGACAAAACAGGUAUGAAGUUUUGAGAGUGAGAAGCUUGGCACAGUCGAGGAGGUGAGAGGAGGCCUGUUCAGCUGAAGCUGAGAGAGAAAGGGGAAGAGCGAUGGAACUGAGAGGAGUCUGGAGGGCCGGGCAGUCAGUGGAGAGGGGAGGCGUGGUCUUACUCACGUUUCUAGGCGGUCCUGGUUGCUGUGUGUGGAGUGCGUUGGGCAGGAACGGAGGCCAGCUGGCAAGUUAAGUGCGAAAUGUCAUGGCAAGUGACUGAGAAUGAGUUAGACAUGUACAUUGUAUUUGGAAUAAAAAAAUUCCUGAAGAUUGCUCCUUAGCAUUGUUUGACAUUUAUUUCUAGAGGUUGAUAUAUUUAUUUUCAUUUUCUGGAGAAUCACAGAAGAGAUUCUGAGAGUUUUCUUUUGUGCCUGAAGUUUAGCUGUUCAGGAAGGAAUGCUCAUGUGAUUGGACAUGGAUGAUGCUUUUGCCUGGCUCCCAUAAAAGAGAUGGGAACUUAGUGGGUAUGCAUUCUUUGGAAUUAUUGUUGAGUUAUUGGUGUCUGUGAGAACAUUUGUUUCUACUCUCAGCUCUGCUUAUAGGAGAUCAAGCCCUGGAGGUUCACUCUUUCAAGAAAUCAUGUGCUGAAGUAUAAUGCUACACAAGUCAGAGGAAGGAAGGAUCCCAAAACACAUGGCCCGAUUGUUGGCAAAGACAUCAGUAAGAAGCUGGCAUUUAUUUCUGUUCUAACCCAUUACUAUAUAACCAAAUAGACACUAUGCAUAUUUGUUGGUCAGCAAAACCAAGACACAAGAGCUAUGGCGGUUGAAACAGUCUGUCUGAUUCCAGGGUGUUUUUCCUGGGUUUCAUCAUCAGGUAUCUCCUCCCUUUCAUCCCAGCAAGAAUGUGGCACCUUUUACCUUUUGAUAAAGAUUAAGGACAUGUUCUUUGGUCAACAGCCAGAACUUAAAAUCUGCUAUAAUAGGGUCAGAGACUGUUUCAGCUGCAGCUGAGGAAAAUGAAAUUUCCAUUUUAUUUGGUGCCUUGUCCAGGGAACGCAGGCACUCUUCCUGAAACGUGCCAGUGAAACAGAGAUCGUUUUGUGGAAUAGCAACCCAUAGUUAUGGCGAGUGACCCGACGUGAUCUGGCGGGCAGGCAGCAGAGGACUCAUGACGGGCUAUACCAUGCUGCGGAAUGGGGGUGCGGGGAACGGAGGUCAGACCUGCAUGCUGCGCUGGUCCAACCGCAUCCGCCUCACGUGGCUCAGCUUCACGCUCUUCGUCAUCCUGGUGUUCUUCCCACUCAUUGCCCACUAUUACCUCACCACUCUGGAUGAGGCCGACGAGGCUGGCAAGCGGAUUUUUGGCCCCCGGGUAGGGAACGAGCUGUGUGAGGUGAAGCACGUGCUGGAUCUGUGCCGCAUCCGCGAGUCGGUGAGCGAAGAGCUGCUGCAGCUGGAGGCCAAGCGCCAAGAGCUGAACAGUGAGAUUGCCAAGCUGAAUCUGAAGAUCGAAGCCUGUAAGAAGAGCAUCGAGAAUGCCAAGCAGGACCUGCUGCAGCUGAAGAAUGUCAUCAGCCAGACCGAGCAUUCCUACAAGGAGCUCAUGGCCCAGAACCAGCCCAAGCUGUCCCUGCCCAUCCGACUGCUCCCGGAGAAAGACGACGCCGGCCUCCCUCCCCCGAAGGCCACCCGGGGCUGCCGACUGCACAACUGCUUCGAUUAUUCUCGUUGCCCUCUUACCUCUGGCUUCCCAGUCUACGUCUAUGACAGUGACCAGUUUGUCUUUGGCAGCUACCUGGAUCCCUUGGUCAAGCAGGCUUUUCAGGCGACAGCACGAGCUAACGUGUAUGUUACAGAAAACGCAGACAUUGCCUGCCUUUACGUGGUCCUAGUGGGAGAGAUGCAGGAGCCAGUGGUGCUGCGGCCUGCCGAGCUGGAGAAGCAGUUGUAUUCCCUGCCGCACUGGCGGACGGAUGGACACAACCAUCUCAUCAUCAAUCUGUCGCGUAAGUCAGAUACACAGAACCUCCUGUAUAAUGUCAGUACCGGCCGUGCCAUGGUGGCCCAGUCCACCUUCUACGCUGUCCAGUACAGACCUGACUUUGACUUGGUCGUGUCGCCGCUGGUCCAUGCCAUGUCUGAGCCUAACUUCAUGGAAAUCCCACCGCAGGUGCCGGUGAAGCGGAAAUACCUCUUCACCUUCCAGGGGGAGAAGAUUGAGUCUCUGAGGUCUAGCCUUCAGGAGGCCCGCUCCUUCGAAGAGGAAAUGGAGGGCGACCCUCCCGCCGACUAUGAUGACCGCAUCAUUGCCACCCUGAAGGCAGUGCAGGACAGCAAGCUGGAUCAGGUCCUGGUGGAAUUCACCUGCAAAAACCAGCCCAAACCCAGCCUGCCGACUGAGUGGGCGCUGUGUGGGGAGCGGGAGGACCGCUUGGAAUUGCUGAAGCUCUCCACCUUCGCCCUCAUCAUCACCCCCGGGGACCCUCGCUUGAUUAUUUCCUCUGGGUGUGCCACGAGGCUCUUUGAAGCCCUGGAAGUCGGUGCCGUCCCGGUGGUGCUGGGGGAGCAGGUCCAGCUUCCGUACCAGGACAUGCUGCAGUGGAACGAGGCGGCCCUGGUGGUGCCCAAGCCUCGCGUUACCGAGGUUCAUUUCCUGCUCAGAAGCCUCUCCGACAGUGACCUCCUGGCUAUGAGGCGGCAAGGCCGCUUUCUCUGGGAGACUUACUUCUCCACCGCUGACAGUAUUUUUAAUACCAUGCUGGCUAUGAUUAGGACUCGCAUCCAGAUCCCAGCUGCUCCCAUCCGGGAAGAGGCAGCAGCUGAGAUCCCCCACCGUUCAGGCAAGGCGGCUGGAACCGACCCCAACAUGGCUGACAACGGGGACCUGGACCUGGGGCCAGUGGAGACGGAGCCGCCCUAUGCCUCUCCCAGAUACCUCCGCAACUUCACGCUGACUGUCACUGACUUUUACCGCAGCUGGAACUCCGCUCCAGGGCCUUUCCAUCUUUUCCCCCACACCCCCUUUGACCCUGUGUUGCCCUCAGAGGCCAAAUUCUUGGGCUCAGGGACUGGAUUUCGGCCUAUUGGCGGCGGAGCUGGGGGUUCUGGCAAGGAGUUUCAGGCUGCCCUUGGAGGCAAUGUUCCUAGAGAGCAGUUCACAGUGGUGAUGUUGACUUAUGAGCGGGAGGAAGUGCUUAUGAACUCUUUAGAGAGGCUGAACGGCCUCCCUUACCUGAACAAGGUGGUGGUGGUGUGGAAUUCUCCCAAGCUACCAUCAGAGGACCUUUUGUGGCCUGACAUUGGCGUCCCCAUCAUGGUGGUCCGCACUGAGAAGAACAGUUUGAACAACCGAUUCUUACCCUGGAACGAAAUUGAGACCGAGGCCAUCCUGUCCAUCGAUGAUGAUGCUCACCUCCGCCAUGACGAAAUCAUGUUUGGCUUUCGGGUGUGGAGAGAAGCUCGGGACCGCAUCGUGGGCUUCCCUGGCCGUUACCACGCAUGGGACAUCCCCCAUCAGUCCUGGCUCUACAACUCCAACUACUCCUGUGAGCUGUCCAUGGUGCUGACAGGUGCUGCCUUCUUUCACAAGUAUUACGCCUACCUGUAUUCUUACGUGAUGCCCCAGGCCAUCCGGGACAUGGUGGAUGAAUACAUCAACUGUGAGGACAUUGCCAUGAACUUUCUUGUCUCCCACAUCACUCGGAAGCCCCCCAUCAAGGUGACCUCACGGUGGACCUUCCGAUGCCCAGGAUGCCCUCAGGCCCUGUCACAUGAUGACUCCCACUUCCAUGAGCGGCACAAGUGCAUCAACUUCUUUGUAAAGGUGUACGGCUACAUGCCCCUCCUGUACACGCAGUUCAGGGUGGACUCUGUGCUCUUCAAGACGCGCCUGCCCCAUGACAAGACCAAGUGCUUCAAGUUCAUCUAGGGGCAACGCAAAGUCUGGGGAAUAGGAUGGGCAGAGGGAGGGAGAUGGCACCCGAGGUUCCUAGGCCUUGCAGGACAUUGGGGCCAUCUGCUGGGUGGGUGACCCAGACCCUCCGCUGGGAGGGGCAGCAGGAAGAGUGGAAGGAAACCGCUGCCUUUAUUUUGAAGUCAACCACACUGGGCCUGGAGCCCUGGGCGGAGGCCCCGGGGCUCCCCACACAGGGCACUGACUGAUAGCUUACACUGAGGACUGUGGGGACUCUGCAGAGUCACUCACACAGUUCAUAUGCCCAGGACAGCUGGUUUGUGGUUUUUAAAUUCAAUAACAACUAUUAUGAUUAUUUAAAAAGAAAAAGUUUCAGAUUUGCCAUUCGAGGCUUAUUUAUAUAUAUAUGUGUGUGUGUAUAUAUAUGCACACACAAUCACAUACAUAUAUAUAUUUUUGGCUGGGGGAGUUUGAGUUUUGCUUCUCUAAGGGAGGGACCCCGCAGGCUCCUUUGUUCUGUAUUCUGGUGGAGAUGGGUCCUGGCCUUGUGUCCCUGGCUUACCCUCAGCGAUCAUCUUCCAUCCUCCCCAGGGCCCUCUGUGUGCAGAAACAAGAAAGGGAUGAACUUGGCCCUCUUACAGGCCUGGGCGAGAUAAGAUCUGUGGGUCUGUUCCCUUGCCUUUCCGCUGCCAGUCAGCAACCCUGUAACGCCACAUUCCCCUCCCAGGGAAUCCCAGGGAGCACCUGACCCUGGCGGGGUUCUCAGCCUCCUGCUGCUGGGGCCAGUGGUUUUGAGGAUUUAUCUUUAGGCCAGGCUUGCCCCAGUACUUAUCCCUGAUCUCCCAUUUCUCCUUUGUUUGAGAGAAGAAUGAGGAAGCAAAGAGUGAGAAAGGAAUAGGGCCUGAGGACGGCUCUCCCAGAUGGCUAUUUUUAUCCUGCUCUUCUGUUGAAAGACAUGUGCUGUGGGCCUCAGGCUUUACUGAAGUGCUGUCUCUCAUUUUGGACAGGAAAUGAGCAGGGUGCACGUCGCUGUGGUCUGAGUGGCUUGCAGGUCAGCCUCCUCUCCCUGGUGUAGAGCAAGCCAGUGUCCUUCGAGGACCCCGCCCGGCUGGCCGGGAAGUCUUACAGCAAGGCGCCUGCCUUGGGAUAAUUCCUUGGUGAAAUUCACCUUCCCCCUGCCUCUGUCUGGAGCCCCAUCCUGUGUUACCAGUGGUUUUUGGACCCCUAACGCCAGUGUGGCUGUAGGACCUGCUAAGGUUUGGUAUGUGCUGGAACAGUGGGAGGCCGUGAUUUGCUGCGGAAGCUCACAUGCAGCCUUGGAGUCGAACAGGCAUUCCAGCCCAUGUUACCACUUUCCGCUCUCUGGAAUUCCAUUCCCUGGGCUGAAACGGAAAUAAGCUAAUUUUGGGGGCGUUGGUGGCAGUAGGGAAACUUACGAGGGUGUUAGUGGCAUUUGUCAGGGAUUAGCCCAUGACUUCUGUUUCUUGAGCCCUGCUUUCUGGAAGUGGAGUUGACUCUGAAGGUUUCUAGCAACUGAACAAAAGCUCAGGUCUGUCCUGGUCAUGCACAUGCCUUAAGCCAGUCCCGUCUUCCCUGACCUUGGCAUCCUGUGCUUCUGUUUCUCGGGAUCCAUUCUCCUCUGACCUGCCUGUACUACAUGGGGCCUCUUCAAGCACUGCUUUGAAGCUGGGUUCUCUUGUGUAGCUCCCACCCACCUGUACGGCUCUAGCACGGCUUAAGGGAACUCUCCCCAUUGGCAAGCAGGACCCGGCUGCUCCCAGGACUGUGUUUCCUGAGGUUCCCCCGGCCUCAGUCUGUAGCUCCCCUGCUGAGGCAGCCACCUAGGAAGUGUGGUUUUGUUCCCAGCAGCCCAGCAGUGGGGGCUAGGCGCCCUCCUCGGAACUUUCUAGUUGCCCUUUCCCGGACUCCUGACUCGAUUCCUUCGGCAGUAGCCUUCCCUCGGGGAGCCAAAGAGAGUAGUGUGUGGGGCUUUAUUGUGGCUGCUAUUUUAUCUGGUUUCUUUUAAUGUGAGGAACUCAUAUACUGACAUCAGUGGGACUCAGUGAGCCGGGGCCAUCUGUGUGUCGGGGCCAGUUGUUGGAUCCCUGUCCCUUUAGUGGAGCCAGUUGUUGGAUCCCCGAGUGUCACUGGUGGAUCCAGGAAGGGCAGAGUGGGCUGAAGUGACAUGUCACCAAAACGUGCCAUAGGGAGGGCUGUGGUGCCGGAACCUCCCACAGGAACAGCCCUCUUUGGCCCUGAAAGGAACACAGGCUUGGACUGCAGACAGGUGCUGAGGGGCACGCCCUCCUCGGUGAGAGGCGGCAAGGCGGCUGUGGCAUCACUGGCCAGGUGCUUCUCACCACAGGAAAGCCGCUGACCUGUGACUUGUGUGAGGCAGAAAAGCAGUGCCGCGGACCCUGGGUCUCCUUGGCUGUCCAUGGGGCACCCCUGGCCAUCCUGUCCUGGCUCGCAGGGUGCGGGACUGCCUCGCUGUCCAGGUGGCUGGCUUGCUCACUGGUUUGGGCUGUCCUGUGACGCUGCCCCAGGGCUCCACAGGACGCUUCCAGGCAAAGCUCCUCUGUGUGGACUGUGCCUCAGGCCAGGGCUCACCUGCUGGGGUCCUGUCUGGGAGAAGGGGAUCUUCCUGGGAGGUGUGCCGGACAGAGCGGGGAGCUCCUAGUUUGGAGGGGAAGCUCUUUGGAAUCUGUGUCACGUCCAUCCACCCCACCCCUUUUCGUCAUGAGCACAAUGGUCUUACAUUGGAUUUUUGUAAAAAAAAUAAAUGGAGACUUUAACUCAA